CGUCAAAUUAUAAACAUACAUUUAUUAAUGUAUCUACCUACAUAUAUAUAUAUAUGUAUACGUAUAUAUAUACGCAAAUCUUGAAUGAGGAAAUUAUACUCUCCAUAAUGUCAAUUUAAAAUAUGUUAGCUUAAACGAAUCAUAAUGUCGGUUUAUGGCUGUCUAACGAAUACAACGGGUAGUAUUCACCUCCAUAAUCAGGAAUUGUAUAGUGCAGCUAAUACUGCUAUUCAACUGAAUGCUAACCUAAAUUCAACUGACUAUUCAACAUUGAAUAUUUCAGCAAUCAAUUAUUUUGAAAUAAACAGUUUACCUUUGUUUAAAAGCAGCAUUGGUCUAUACGAUAACUCAGACAGUGUAUUCUGUUCACGUUAUCCAAGUUAUAAACGUGAAUUCAAUUUAAAUCGUAUUCUACAAACAUAUGUACAACCAUUUGUUAUAUUUUUUACAAUAAUAACAAAUUGUUUAAUAUCUAUUGUACUUACACAUCCAACUAUGCGUAAUUCAACAAAUAUUAUUCUGCUAGGUAUUGCUAUAUGUGAUCUACUUACUGUUCUACUGCCAACACCAGUAUACUUAAGUUUAUUAACAAGUAAUUUAUUUUCAGAGAAUUUAACAGCUUUUAAAGGUUAUGUGGAAUUUUAUUUGACAACAAUCUUACCAACAGUAUGUCAUACUUCUUCAAUAUGGUUAACAGUAUUACUAGCAUUACAAAGAUUUAUCUAUGUACAUUUUCCCUUGAAAGCUAAUCGUAUCUGUUUAUGUCAAUGGAGAUCAGUUCAAUGGUUGAUUAUCUGUACUAUAAUAGCAGGAUUAUUGCAUCAACUACCACAUGUGAUUGUAACACGUUUUGAAUAUGCUUUAGAAUAUUGUAUGAGAACAUCAGUGUCAACAAAUUCAUCCUUCUCCUCACAGUUAUCUUCAGUGUUAAAGCUAUCCAAGCCAACAACAUUCAUAAUUGAUUCAGAACAUAUUUCUUAUAUAUUUAAUAAUACUACUGAAGAGAUGAAUGAAAAUGUUUAUAUUACAUUUUUAAGAAUUAAUUUACUAAAGUGUACACCAAUGAGUUAUACAGCAUUUACAUGUUUCUUAUUAUUUCGUGUUAUUACUGUCAAUUUAAUACCGUGUAUUAUGUUAAGCAUAUUAACCACUCUGUUAAUUAUGGCACUGAGACGUUUUAUACAGAAUAGACAAAAGUUAUUACGGAUUAAGAAUGAAAAUCAUCAAAUGUUAAUUAAUAAAAGAGAGACAAACUCUCAGUUAUUAGGGAAAGAGGAUGAAGAUAAUGAAAAUAAUUACAAAGAAAUAAGUCUUACUGAUCAACUGAAAACAUCUGUUACUGGACCAAAAACAACCUCGGCGCUAAUGAUGAGAAAUGUUUGUAAACGUGUCAGUGAUAGAAAUACUCAGCACAAGUCAUCCCGUGCCCAAUCUUCCACUGAUCCAGAUUCUACAUCAAAAAUGAUGCUUGUCAUAUUGAGUAUAUUCUUGUUUACAGAGAUACCAAUCACUGUUUGCUUGUGUAUUUAUGCAUUUGUAACAGUUUCCCAAACUCAACCGAGUGCAGCAUUUUAUCAAGUUACCGAAAUCUGUAACUUCCUCGUGAUUUUAUCGUAUCCAGCAAAUUUCUUUGUCUAUCUAGCCAUGUCAAGACAGUUUAAAAAUACUUUUUGGACAAUAUUCUCACAGUUUCGCCGUAAACAUGACAUGCCGCUGGUGACACAAUCAACAACGAAAUCACGACGUCCCCAUCAAACAAUGUGAAUGUUUAAUGAAGAAAAGAUAAUAAUAAUAAUGCUGUAACAAAAUUUGUUGAGUUGAAUAUACUAAAAGACACUUUUCUUUUGGU